AUGCAAGGCAUGAUGGAAGUAACAGGAUUAAGUGAAAUGGACAGCAUUGGCGAUUUUUUCACUUGGUUCAACAAGAGAAGUUCAUAUACUAUUUAUUCAAGGAUAGAUAGAUUUUUAGCAAAUGUGGCUCGGUUUCAAAAUAAUUCCAAUGUGACUCUGAAUAUUCCGCCUCCUUCAAUAUCUGACCAUGCUCUUCUAUACCUUAAUAUGGGUCGUACAAGGGAUCUGAAAAGAGCUUUCAAGUUCAACAAUUAUACGGUUGGGAUAGAUGGUUUUGAGGAACUGUCACGAGAAGCUGGAACAACCAUAUAA